GAUGGACGCCUGGAGGAGGUGCUGACAAAGGAGAGCCGGGAGGGGCGCUGCUUGGAUCUCCCGGAAAGAGACGUCGCACGAGAAGUAGAAGAGUUUAGGUUUGUGUCACAUCAGAAAGAUCUCCUGGUUGCAAAGGUAAGUGCUUCAACGGCUAUGGUCCAUGGUUCAAGCGAUUUUCAGACAGACGCCUCUCCAAUUUUCUCGCUGGUGGUUGCUGCCAUGCCUCCAGUGCAGUCGCGCUUCGCUGCAGCUGGCCUUGUCGCUGGCCUUGCAGCCUCUGCUUUCGUCGCGCCGUCCACACGCGGAGACCGUCAGCUCCGGGCCGGUGGGGCCUCAAAGGUCCCCGCUCGUACACCAGUGUCUCAGCAGAAAACUGGGGACGGCUUGGCUGCCCUCGCAAUUCUGGGAGCUGGCUUGGCCGCCGCCGUCCUUCAGGAAGAUGCACCGCCGCUCUUCCAGCCUUCCGAGCAAUUCGGUGCCACCGAGCCAGUUGGAUUUUUCGAUCCACUCGGGUUCACCAAGGAGAUGAGGAUGAAGGAGCUUAACAACGGUCGCAUGGCGAUGAUCUCAGUUCUUGGCAUCUUCGCUGCAGAGAUGGCCACUGGCAAGGACGCAAUGCAGCAGUUUGGCCUGUAG